AUGAAUGAAUCAAGACCUCAUUUAGAGCUAUCAGAGUUUUCUGGAAGAGGAAUCGAGUAUUUACUUGAAAUUAGCGAAAAGAGAUUUAUUCCAUGGAGAAGUAUUGCUGCUGUAGUUACUAUUGCUGCUGUUCAAAUGGCAGUGGGUGGAAUUCUUAUAGCAAGUGGAUUCGGUGCCACGGUAGGAUUGGGUCUAAUCACUGAAGGAGCAGCAGAUUUGUUCACUGCCUACCGAGCUUAUAGUACGAGACAAUUCAGUUGGUCAGAUUAUGGAAAGCAAAAAGCAGUAAGUCUUAUUAUUUCAGCAGUUUCAAUGGGAUUCUCAGCAAUCAAAGAUGCAGGUAAAGGGAUUCAAACGUUAGUGACAGGUGUAGGAGAAGAAGUACUUGAACAAGCUGGUACAAAAAUAAUAACAGAUGGUAAAGCCGUAAGCCAAGUGUUAGUUACGACUGGAAAAAAUUUAAAAAGCCUAGCUAUUAAACAAAUUGGAGUAACAAUUGGUGAAAAUGCAUUGAGGGAAGGUUUAACUAAAGUUGCAGAUUUUAGCUCACAUUUUGUAUUAGAACAAUUGAAACCGCAAAUUUCAGCUAUGAUACAAAGUAAAGUUAGCGAUAAGUUUUCUAAUGAACCUAAAUUACUAAAAAUAGUCCGUAAAAUGUAUGCUAUCGACUCAUGUAAUAAGCAACAACAAUUUAAAGACAAAAUAAAUAAAUCAGUAGCUGAAAUCAUUAAUCCUGAACAUAUUUUUUGGCGUAAACAGUGGGAUUCUAUUGGUGGUCCAUUGUGCAAAGGUCUUCUAUCAAGUUCACAACACGUAGGUGGCCCAUUCAGCAUGGGUAUGAGAAUAGUUGGUACCCUACAUGGAAUGUAUCAAAUUACUUUUAUUAUUGACAAAGUUCAUGAUCAACUUUUAGAGAAACUUUCACAAAUUGAUCAAGACACUUUAUCAAUAGAUCAGAUUUUACGUCGCUAUUGUGGAGUCACAAAAGAAGAUACUUACAGAAUUGUAAGUCUUCUUCAAACACAAGGAAUAUUAGAUACAAAUGAAGAAUUCAACAUUGAAAAUUUAAUUUCUACAGAUUUCAGUAUAUUGGAUAUGUAUCGAGACAAAGUUGUAAACUUUUUAAAGUCAUUAGCUAGUGUAGAAUUCAAUGAUUUGAGUGAAAUAAUGAAAUCAAUAUCAGAUAUGAUUACUGAGCAAGUAUUUAGAAUUACAGAGUCCCAACUUAUUUCACCGUGGAGUAGUUAUGGUAUGGGUGAACUGACAAAAGCUAUUUCAGCUAGAGUGCAACAUCAUUUUAUUGUCGAUGAAAAUCAAAAUUCUGAUAGUCAAAAUCGAGAGGUGCAAGAAAAAGGUGGAAGUAGAUACAAUACUAUUGCACAACAAAUUAACUACAAUGCCAAAGAUUAUACGAUUGCGUAUAGUCAAUGUGAAAUCAUUCAUUAUUCUCAACAGCAACGAGAUAGAUCUAAUCCUGGAGCAAUCGAUACUAAAACAAAAGAAUAUAUUGACGGAGUAAGAAACGAAAAACCGGCAAACCUUUCUGAUAUGAUGGUAAUUGCUGCUCAAAAUGAUGUAGAUAUAAAAAUAGUCGAUGAUGUCAAUUAUCAACCUACAGAUGAGGAUCAAGCGAGAGGCACAAACAUUAUCGUGUACUCGAAAGGAGAAAAAGAUGAUCAAGGAAAUUUUAGUGUGGGGCACUUUCAACUUAUGAAGGGAGAUGGUACUUUAGUUGAUAUUCAAAGCGAAAAAAAUAAUUGUGGUUAUAGUGUUAUUCAGAAAAUAUUAAAGGAUCGAAGUAUCGAUAAAUCUAUCGAUGAUCUUCGUAAUGAUAGAGCUCAGAGAAUCGAAGAUAAUCCUAAAGAAUUUUCGAAAAUAUUUGAAGUAGAACAAUGGGUUUCAUCUCGUUGUCCACAGGUGGCAAAUUCUAUUUUAAUCGUAGGAGGGGCUGAAAAGGAAAAAAAGAAAUCCCCUGAAGAGAUUAUACAAAUUGUUCAAGAAGGAUUGAUAGGUUUUUAUGGCGAAUUAUGUGACGAAACGCGAGGACGACGAGGAAUUGCUGAAAAUAAUCACAUCCCUCCAGAAUCUUCAUAUAAAGGUACACCCUACAAAAACAUAAAGACUCGCGAUAUGCCAGCAAUAGCCAUGUUUAUAAAGGAUCAUAAACAAACUAGCUCGUGGGGAAAUAAAAAAAAUGGUGCAUAUCGGAACGAAAUUCAAGAUCUUAUGAGAGAUGGAAACAUGGCUGAGGCUGUCUACAGAGAAAUGAAAGAUUUAUCAACAAUUAAUGCGACAGGAAAGAAUUAUCAACACCAUGUUUCAAGUUUCAUUGAUAUGCUGGCAUCUACACAUGUAGAAAAGGCACCAUUUAAUAGCGCUCGUACACAAACUCUAUUAACGCCGAACGAAGCAUCGACAUUGAAGAAACGGCUGGAACUGACUUGA